ACCAUACGUACGUGCUAGACAUUAAUUCUAAUAGAAAUAUAAAAAAAAGAGUUUAAAAAAUAUUGAAAUCUUCGGUAUCAAAAUGCUGAUGACACGGAAUUCUUAAAGUGAUUUGAUAGUUUCUUAAAACAAGAAAAAAGCUACUUUCAUCCACAUAAAAAUAAGAGCAAGAGGCACGAUGCGGUUCAAAGACGUGAUCUCGGUGUCCCCUCAUCUUGGAUUGAACAACAAUCAAUUGCAGAGAAGCUCUCUUGACCCCGACAAAUCUGAAGAGGUUGAGAAUCAGAACGAAACGUCUUCAAAUAUAAUCAAUCAAGAAGAAAACGACGGAUUUCGAAUUGCCAAAGAUACUACCAGAUGGUCAUCUAUUGCUACAAAUAUUGAUACAAAUCUCGAUUCUUCUACCCAUAACAAUAUCAACAACAAUCUUACUAUUCCCAGACUUUAUCAGAGUAGCUCAGCAGAAAGCCUAGCAGAUUACGAAGGAUCUGAAGAUCCAUCACACGAGUCGACACCAUCGGAUUGGUCGGACUGGUCAGAAGAAGGCAAUCUGCCGCCCGGCUGUCGCGGGAUCGUCAACCCGAAUUAUCCAGGAUUCCAUCAUCUGGGUCCUUCACUGCUCUCCGACACUGACUCACACCUCACUGAGGAUGAGCAGGACAGUUGCGCUUUUUCAACGCUUAACGACAAACAUUCUUCCAUAGAGGGCGGAAACGAGUUCAACAAUAACGUUCAGCCACUCACUUUCGAGAAUAUCAAUCAACUUGACGGGCUUAAUAUUGAACAGAAGAUAUUCUACGACAAGCCCAAAUUUAACAUUCAUACUGUAAACUCUUUGUACGAAUCAGUGGUACCUCCUUCCGAGAAGUGCAUAAAUUACGUGAAGAGCGUUGAGGUUUCUCGAAACGAGGAGGCGGUUCUUGCGCCAGAUCCAGAGGCUUUGGUAAACACUGUCGCAGAGACCUAUUUGACGCAACUGGAAAUUAACGAAGCUUCAGCAGACAUCGUCUUAGAGGAGGAAGCUCCUGAGUUAUUCGAGGCCACCGUCGAGCAACGCGAACCACGUGAACUUGCAGUAGAGGUCGAGAUCGUCGAAUUGACGACAAGCGUCAAAGAAACACUACAGUUUCCGGAAAUCGAGGAAAUUCUCGAUUCCAACAAAACCAGCGAGAGCGGAGAGCCGGAAGACGCAGCUGUCGAGCACAUCGACCUGAUUCGCGAGGCCAAGGAGUUGCCCAAAUCUAUCAAGAUAGGAAACCGCCAGGGCACUUCGAUCCCCAACAGCGUUGAGGAUUCGGGAAAUAACUCCGACUCCUCUGAGGAAAAUGCUCCUUAUGCGAAACUCGACGAAAUAGACCUUCUCUCCAGUAUUGGACGAGAUAUCGGGGUUGACCUUGAGAAAUACGUCCAACCGGUACCGGACGUUGUAGCAAUGGAGGCUGUUGAUCUGCGAGCUCCCAGAUCUCUUCCUCUCACUGGCAUCGUCAAGGAAGGUAUGAGAGAAGACACAAACAAGCUUCUGGAUCGAGACCUUCCUGAAGCUUCUAGCGCUGAUGCUAAAAAGAAAGAAAAAAUGGCUAGGAAUCAGGCCAGGAGGAGGCAACAGACUCACUCAUCUCAGCGGCGUCCAGAUAAACGCAGAGCUGGUGGUUUCGACGUUUAUAACAUCGAAACAGCGAUGCCGAAAAUCGAUUUGGAUGCAAUUGAAACACACUUGAGAGCUGCUCGAGAGGAAGAACGUCGGAGGAGAAAUGACAGAGAAGAAAUUCGAAGAAGGCUGGCCAUGGGGCCAGAAGCAGAUGAUAUUAGAAUCGAGAGGGGCAGGAAACCUAGUCUUCAUACUCGACUUCAAAGUGGGAUGAAUCUGCAAAUAUGCUUCAUGAAUGAAGCUUCUUCAGACACGGAAUCACCGGGUUCAGAAUGCGAUUCCUUGCCCGUGCCUGUCUCAUCCACAAUGACUAAACAUCAAAUUCCUGCGAGACCACAAGUAUUGAGUCUUCCAUCUUUAAGACUUGAUAUUGGUGCCAAUUCUUCUCCUAUCGACGAAGCUGAUUUUUUUGCUCGACAAGCUAGAUUGCAAAUGGAAGCCAGAGUGGCUCUAUCGCAAGCUAAGGACAUGGCACAUAUGCAGAUGGAGGUCGAGAGGCAGAAGCUCAAACAGAGUCCCAUCACGGAAAUGGUUCGAUCCAGUCUGGAGAAGAUUGGAGUCCAACUUGGCGAAGAGAGACGAAGACUUUCUCGAAUGUUACUAACGGAACUGAAUGUUGCUCAACUUCAAGUUCUGGCAAACGAUCUUCACGCGAGGAUAGCUACGUUGAACGAGGCUUUGGUUGAAGGCUUACUCAGGAGGGAUGACCUCCACAUGGAGCAAGACUCAAUGCUUGUCGAUGUCGAGGACCUCACCCGAUAUCUAGGUGCCAAGCAGGAAUCACUGAAGAAGAAGAUGAAGGAGCCGAUGAACCAAUUCCGAAGUCAGCAAACUCAUAUUCGGUCUAAAGGUGGAAUACAGCCGACUAUUGUCAACCGCAGCCUGGUCGGUUUUGUCAGAAAAUAAUACUUCGCCACGAGACUUAUCAGUCUCGUUGGGAAAUAAAACAUGGAAAUGUAAAACCAAAAAUCGAGAAGACGCGAAAACUCAGAAAAAAACGGUGAGUAAGAACCGUUGCGGGUAAUGGGUGGAACGGGAUAACCCACUUGAACGUUACCCCGUUUCACCCAUUACCCACAACGUUUCUUGCACACUGUUUUUUUUUUCUUUACAAAUUCGCCUAGAGUAGUUUUGUUAUGCGGCACAUUUUUAAAGAAAAAGUGUCGUCGAAAUAAGAGCAAGUCUUUUGCAGUUUGCUUUUUUCCAAGAUAAAUGGAAAAUCUUCGGCAUAUACUAUUUGUAUUUGAGCCGCUUCUUUCCUUACUCAAAAGACGAUCGUUACCAAAGAUCAUCUUCUAAACUUAUAUUAACAUGCGUACGCGAGAUGAAAAGUUCUCCAAAUAUUUAAGUACACGGAUAAAAAAGAUUUUGCUAAAUGGUAAAAAAAAACGUCUGGAACUUGGAAGUAGCUGAACAAUUUUUCGUUGCUCCUCUACCGAAAAGUUUGCCCUUUAUCAGUAAAUUUUUUUCUCCGUGUGCUAACGAGGGCUUUAAGAAUUUUUCCAUUAUUUCCACCAAUUCUUACAGAUUUAACUGUACUUGAUCAAAUUAGAUGCAGCACGAGCAUAAUCGAAUUCCUAAUCACAGAGGGACCCUCAUUUAUCGCGGCUCUCCAGACCAUGCAUGUAUUUAUCGACUUUGGCAUCGCCUUUAAUCUAGAAUAGUCGAAUAAACAUCUUCUUUGUUGUAUAUAUCUUAAGAAUUUACAAGUGUAAUAUAAUAA